GUGGACCGUACAGAGGUGAUUCGUAGCAGUAGCAGCCCAGUCUUCUCCAAGAUCUUCCUGGUGGACUACUACUUUGAGGAGGUCCAGAGGCUCCGCUUUGAACUUCAUGACAUCAGCUCUGGCAACAAUGGCCUGCGUGAUGCAGACUUCCUGGGAGCCAUGGAGUGCACCUUAGGACAGAUCGUCUCACAGAGAAAACUGAUCAAAGCUCUACUCAAACAGGGAAACACUACUGGAAAGUCGUCCAUAACGGUGACAGCAGAGGAGUUGUCUGGUAAUGACGAUUACGUUGAACUCUCCUUCAGCGCUCGUAAGCUAGACGACAAGGAUUUCUUCAGCAAGUCAGACCCUUUCCUGGAGAUUUUUAGAAUAAAUGAUGACGGGACUGAGUCGCUUGUGCACAGAACUGAGACGAUUAUGAACAACCUGAGCCCAGUUUGGAAAUCCUUCAAAGUUUCUUUGAACACACUCUGUAGUGGUGACCAUGACAGGGAGCUAAAGUGCACAGUUUGGGAUUGGGACUCCAAUGGAAAGCAUGACUUUAUUGGGGAGUUCCAGACCACCUAUAAGGAGGUGAGAGCAGAGCAGGAGGGCAAACAGAUUCAAUGGGAGUGCAUCAACCCUAAAUACCAAAUGAAGAAGAAGAAUUACAGAAAUUCUGGCGUUGUCAUUCUUAACCACUGUAAGAUCAUCAAAAUGUAUUCCUUCCUGGAUUACAUCAUGGGAGGCUGCCAAAUUCAGUUCACAGUGGCAAUAGACUUUACAGCGUCCAAUGGGGAUCCCAGAAACAGCUGCUCCCUCCAUUACAUCCACCCCUACCAGCCCAAUGAGUACCUCAAAGCGCUGGUGGCUGUAGGGGAGAUCUGCCAAGACUAUGACAGUGAUAAAAUGUUCCCUGCCUUUGGUUUUGGAGCACUCAUACCACCUGACUUCAAGGUUUCACACGAUUUCGCUGUGAACUUUGAUGAGGACAAUCCUGAAUGUGCUGGGAUCCAAGGCGUGGUGGAAGCCUACCAGAAUUGCCUCCCCAAGAUCCAGCUAUAUGGGCCCACCAACAUUGCCCCAAUCAUCCAGAAAGUGGCCUCGUCUGCCUCUGAGGAGAUGCACACCAAAGAGGCCAUGGAAUACUUCAUCCUGCUGAUCCUGACAGACGGCGUCAUCACCGACAUGGCGGACACACGGGAGGCCAUCGUGCACGCCUCCCACCUGCCCAUGUCCGUCAUCAUCGUCGGCGUGGGCAACGCAGACUUCACCGACAUGCAGAUACUAGAUGGAGACGACGGUAUCCUGCGUUCACCGAAGGGCGAGCCUGUCCUCCGCGACAUUGUCCAAUUCGUCCCCUUCAAGGACUUCAAACAUGCCUCCCCAGCCGCACUGGCUAAGAGUGUUUUGGCAGAAGUCCCUAACCAGGUGGUGGAUUAUUACAACGCUAAAGGCAUCAAACCCAAGUGUAUGUCGGACUACGAGUCCACAAGGACCUUCAGCCCCUGACAAUGGAAUACAUGCAAACAUACACUCAAAUACACACACGCAUAUAUAUAUCAUAUAUAUAUACUUUAUGUACUGUAUAAUACAUAUACACAUGCAAAAGCACAAGCACACACACAAACAAACAAACAUGUACACAUUAGGGUACUACAUACUACAUACGGUAGUCUAGCUCAGAGAAUUAGCUCGUUCUGGUGAAACAAUUUGAACUACUCCAUUGAUGACUAUUGCAUGUUUGGCCACAGUGGCAUCACCUGGGAAAUUAUUACUAUCUACUGUAUAUCUGAAAGAUGUUUAUAGAAAUAAGAGCAGUCUUCUGAACCAGCAUGCAGACUCAGACCAUAGACCACCCAAAGAAUGACACUCCUACCUUAUUUAGAUAACUAGCAAGUAUAUAGGCCAAAAGAUCUGUGGGUAGAAAAAAAUAUGUGAUUGUAUAGUCGAAAAUGCUUAGAAUUAGCAUUGCAAAUGUUAUUUAUAGGAAUGGUAGUCCCUGUUAGUGUACUGCAUAAAUGCAUGCAUAAUUCAGCUCCUGCUAAUAUCCAAUCUCCAGUAGCCUGCUUGCUAGUUAUGAAAUAAAGUAUCUCUGUCAUUUGAGUGACAUUCAGGGUUGUCUUGGGUGGUUGGGGUUCUUUUCUACAGAUUUUUGUUGGAGAUUUUGCUAAAUGGAAAUGAACCACAGAAUAAUUGUAAUAAUUUCUUAAUAACCUUCUUACAUUGUAAAGAGUUUUGGGAGGAUAGCAAAGCGUGUGUGGUAGACACUCAUCUGUGAGCUGAAAACUGUUUUUUUCUGUAUUCUGCAUGUUGAUUAUAAUAAAGACACUUUGGU